CUUCAGUCAUCACAAUGUACUCUUGCUGUUUUUAGAUUAUUAAGUAGAAUAAUAACCGUGCGUGUCUUUGUUAUAAAGUGUAUGGCUUUUUGGUGUUAAACCGACGGGACUUAAGUGUUCUUGAUGGUUUCCGGUGACGAUUUCAAUGGUGGUCGUUUACCGCGAAAAACUACUAGGUCGCCGAACCGAAAAUCUAAGAAGACUGAUGCAGACCUAGCGAAGAGUUCAGCGUUGCGAAAUGGUUCGCAACCUUCUGUUCAUAAAAGAAAUCUUUAUGUGGUUUCGUUCCCUAUCAUUAUCCUUUUUAAUUUACUGAGGUCUAUUUUAUAUCAAUUAUUUAUUAUUUUCAAAUAUUUGUACACGGCGUCGCAUCGCUUUAUUCAUAGGCCUCGUAAAAACGGUGAAUGCAACUUAGAAGUUGUGGUUAAAGACGGUAUAGUGUCGACUGAAAUCGCGCACAGUGAGGAGAUGUCGUAUGUAAACAAUGUGGGACCAGGGGACCCUCUCCUGGCGAAACAAAAACAUCAUCAUAGGAAAGCUUUCGAGUACAUAUCGAAAGCGCUUAAAAUUGACGAAGAAAAUGAAGGACAAAAAGAAUUAGCUAUAGAGCUGUACAAGAAGGGUAUAUAUGAGCUCGAGAGAGGAAUAGCAGUGGACUGUUGGGGGGGUCGUGGAGAUGCUUGGCAGCGGGCUCAGCGCCUUCACGAUAAGAUGAAAACCAACCUAGGCAUGGCAAAGGACCGCUUACAUUUCUUAGUCGCAGGCCGCAAGCUGACGACAGCCGGCCGGCGCGUGCCCAGCGGCGGCGGUCCGCUGAUGAAGUCUCAAACCCUACCGCGGUCCAUGGGUCGGUCGUCGUCUCAACCGAACAGCUCUAAUGGAGGCUACAGCAGAUAUCCUGUGAAGCCGGCUUCAACUCCGCCAGCAGUAAAGCGGCAGUUAUCCAGCGCAUAUCAGGUGCCAGUGAACGGUUCGCCAGUCAGACGCGCCGUGGGAGGAGGCUCUCAGCGCGGGACGCCAACUAGAAGUAGAACCCCUCAACAGACGCUGACUGUACGUGGUGUGGACCCUAAAUUAGUUCAACUUAUCCUGGACGAAAUCGUUGAAGGAGGGCCGAAGGUCCAUUGGGAUGAUAUCGCGGGUCAAGAGGUGGCAAAACAAGCUCUACAAGAAAUGGUUGUACUGCCGUCUUUAAGGCCCGAACUCUUCACAGGACUCAGGUCACCGGCUAAGGGGUUGCUAUUAUUUGGACCUCCGGGUAAUGGUAAAACAUUACUAGCUAGGUGUGUGGCAGCGGAAUGUUCAGCGACGUUCUUCUCGAUAUCGGCGGCAACGCUCACUAGCAAGUACGUGGGUGAUGGCGAAAAGAUGGUACGCGCGUUGUUCCAAGUGGCCAGGGAACUACAGCCGGCGAUAAUCUUCGUGGACGAGGUGGACUCGCUGCUGUGCGAGCGGUCGACGGGCGAGCACGAGGCGUCGCGCCGGCUCAAGACGGAGUUCCUCGUGGAGUUCGACGGGCUGCCGGCCGCCGGCGCCGACCGCCUCAUCGUCAUGGCCGCCACCAACCGACCGCAGGAGCUCGAUGAGGCCGCGCUCAGACGGUUCCCGAAGCGCGUGUACGUGUCGCUGCCGGACGCGCGCACCCGCGGCGCGCUGCUGAGGCGCGUGCUGGCGCGCGGCGCGGCGGCGGCCGAGCUCAGCGACGACGAGCUGGCGCGCCUCGCCGCGCUCACCGACGGCUACUCGGGCAGCGACCUCACCGCGCUCUGCCGCGACGCCGCGCUCGGCCCCAUCAGAGAACUGGACCCAGAAGAGGUGAAAUGCCUCGACCUAUCCCUGGUCCGGGCGAUCACGUUCCACGACUUCAUGGACUCGCUGAAGAGGAUCCGAGCGUCCGUGUCGCCGCUCACGCUCGUGGCGCUCGAGAAGUGGUCCGUGCAGUACGGCGAGCAGUGCGUCUGA